AUGCCGUUCUUCUCUCGAUCAGAGCCCGCCCAGCAGCCGGUACAACCGGCACCUCAGCCUGUCUACGAGGAGCAGCCCAAGAAACAUGGCCUCUUCAGUCGCCACCGCUCCCCAUCUCCCGCCCGUACUACCAGCACCAGCACUCGGCACACCAACUCGACCUACCAGACCUCUCCUGAGCGUGGCACCCGAAGCUCCAGCGGCAGUCGUGGUGGUCUUCUCCGUCGGUCCUUUGGCAACGGUUCCGCCAACGAGAUGGAUCCUAGCAUCGUCGCUGCCCGUGAGAGGGUCAUGAGUGCCGAGAUGGCGGAGCGGGAGGCUGAUCGUGCCCUCAUGGCUGCCCGCGAGAGUGUCCGCGAGGCCCGCGAGCAUGUCCGCAGACUGGAGCUCGAAGCUCAGGAGGAGGCCAGGCGGGCCAAGAUCAAGCAACAGCAAGCCAAGGAGGUUUCUAAAAGAGGAAAGCAGCUUGGACGCUACGAUUAGAGUCUCUGCUGAACGAACCUUUUUUACGUUUUCCUUUGUUACGGAGCGAACGGACAUGGAGUUUAGAGGGCACUUGUACCAGCAUAAGCCUUGUAUUGGUAGAUGUAGCAUAUAUCUUUCAAGCGUUGUUUUCUUUUGGCGAAUAAAUUGUUUCUUGACUCCGU